GCCUCUAUAUCUGGAGUGUAUGGAGAUGCCUGAGGCUCAGAGGAGUGGGAGCACUGGCGAGCUGAGGAACUUGAGGCUCCGCUCCGUAUCGGACUCCCCCUAUGGAUACAGCUCCUGACCUCUCAUCCUGAGGACCUGCCGCCUGCUCAGCUCCAGACUUCUCUGCCGGACUCUGCCAACAACUCCGCCGCCCUCAUGUUGGUCCACGCGUACUCUGCCAUGGAGCGCUCUGAUGCCCUGAAUGGAGCCAGCGGUGGUCGCCUGUCCCAGCUGUCCUCUCUGAACCAGGGGGCUUACUCCUCGGCUCCCCCGCUCUGCCACACUCCAGCAUCUGAUUUCCAGCCCCCCUACUUUCCUCCCCCAUACCCACAACCUACCUUGUCUUACUCCCAGAGCCAGGAGUCUGGAUACCCCCACCUGGGAGACCCCUACAGUGGCAUAAACCCCAUCCAUCAGCACCAGCAGUCGGCAUGGCACACGCAGAGAAGUCGCCAGGAAGACGCAGGGCUGCUUUCCCAGGCACACAGGGGGCUCAGCCUGGACCCUCGAAGGGACUAUGGGGGGGUUCAUCGUCUGCUGCCCGGGCUGGGAGAUGGUGGGCACAGCCUGGCAGAGAGUGCCCUGUCCAUACAUGCGCUGUCACACCACAACAUAGAAGACAUGCAGGUGGUGGAUGAGUCAGGAGUCAGUCUGCUGGACCAGUCUGUCAUCAAAAAAGUUCCAAUGAAGAACAGCAGCAGCAUGAUGUCCUCUCUCACUCUGAAUAAAGAAGGCCUCAUAGGAGGAGUAUCGAAUCCAAACGAGGUUUUCUGUUCUGUCCCUGGCCGACUGUCUCUACUUAGUUCCACCUCCAAAUACAAGGUGACAGUAGGGGAGGUCCAGAGACGCCUGUCACCUCCUGAGUGUCUUAAUGCAUCUCUACUUGGAGGAGUACUAAGAAGGGCGAAAUCAAAGAAUGGUGGUCGUUGUCUACGUGAGAGGUUGGAAAAAAUUGGUUUAAAUCUGCCUGCAGGAAGACGUAAAGCUGCCAAUGUGACUCUACUAACAUCUCUGGUCGAGGGUGAGGCUGUCCAUCUUGCCCGAGAUUUUGGCUAUGUUUGUGAGACAGAGUUCCCAGCAAAAGCUGCAGCUGAGUAUCUGUGUCGACAACACUCUGAUCCCUCUGAGCUCCACACGCGGAAAAACAUGCUUCUUGCUACCAAACAGAUAUGCAAAGAGUUUUCUGACUUAAUGGCCCAAGAUCGUUCUCCAUUGGGAAACAGCCGUCCAUCUCUUAUCCUGGAGCCUGGAGUACAGAGCUGCUUAACUCACUUCAGCUUAAUCACUCAUGGGUUUGGAGUACCAGCCAUAUGUGCAGCACUCACUGCCUUCCAGAACUACCUACUUGAGUCUCUAAAAGGCAUGGAUAAGAUCUUCAUGAGCAGCACAGGGAAUGGACACUCUGUAGGAGACUCCAAACCUACAGAGAAGGAACUUAAACAUAGGAAAUAGCCCAGUGUGACAAUAAUGAAGAGGGCCUGAAAGUGAGGUUGAUCUCUUGGAAACCAAGAUUAAAUAGCAGUGGUGGAAACACAGAAUGAUUUCAUGUCCUGGAGUUAAAGAUACACCUUAUAAGGAGGAUCCACAUUGAAAAAAGAGAUGGAAAAAUGAUAGGAAGACAUCUCGGCAUCCUGGUACUUAUUGCAGAUAUGAAGAUAUAUUUUAUACUUGCGCUAGUCAGUAACAUAACAUGCACACACAGACUGUUAUAAUGACUAUGAAGGACUUCUGUAACUUUUCUACAAUGUGACAAGAAAAUACAGGCAACAU